GAAGAGGAUGAAGUGAAAUGCACGUUAUGUGCUAGCAGUUAAGGAGCAAGCGAGCUGGCAUUUGAUGAUAUAGGACAUUUUAAUGUCUUGUUCUCGCCACGGCUAAGCUUAGCGCCAUGCCGGCCUAGGAUGCGGCACGGUCGGCAAAGGAUGACCCAGAAUCUCCGGAAACGCGCGCAGCGACGCACCCGGUGAGCUCUGCCCCAGCAUUCGUCCUUUUCAACGAAGCCCGCACGGCCAUCCAAGAAAGCAUCUACCCCAUCCUUGGACACGGCAACUUCCAGCGGCGCCUGCUCUUCACCGGCAUGUUGUCCGUGGUGGUGCUGCUGCUACACGCGUUUGCCCACUUCUGGAUCGGCCGCGACUUGGACCACUGGUGCCGGCCGCCGAACGAACUCAGCGGGAUGUCCAGACAGGCGUGGAGGAACGUGGCCAUACCCCUCGAGGCUGACGGCAGCUUCAGCCAGUGCACCGUUUACCACCCACCAUUGCCGACGACGCAAAAUUCCGAAGAGGUACGCCGCGUGUUGCCGUGCCGCAAGUGGGAUUACGACACCAGUGACGCCAGCGACAGCAUCGUGAGCCGGUGGGACCUCGUCUGCGAUAAGCGCUGGCUCCACAAGUUCACAACCAUUGCCAACAUGCUGGGAGCUCCAUUGCUCGUGCCGGCCACCGGGUUCAUAUCCGACAGGAUCGGCCGCCGGCUGGUCAUCAUGGGCAGCGUGCUGUGCCUCCUGGCAUUUAGCGUAGCCUGCAGCUUGGCGCAGACAUUCGUCAUGUUCCUGGUGACCCGUUUCUGCAUCUCCGCGUCCAGCUGCUCGGUUCAGGUGCUGAUGUUUAUUCUCAUCUACGAAGUGACCAGCAACCAGAACCGGGCCACGUACGGCGUCCUGGACACAGCGUUGGGCACGACGCUGGUUCCACUGGCUUUACGCGUGCUGUCUUUGCUGGAGCCACAUUGGCUCACGGCACACUUGCUCGUGCUGUUGCCUACGUUGAUGCUGGUCCUCUGGUGCUGCGUCCUCGACGAGUUGCCCAUCUGGCUUCUCUGCACAGGGCAGCCUCGCGCCGCGGAGAUGGCUGUCGUGGCAGCGGCGACUAGCAACGGCUUGAGCGCGGACAAGGCGCGAAAUUCCUUCAGAGCGCUCACAUCUCAGAUCCAAAAGCAUGAGACCGCUAAGUUAUACAGCACGACCAUCGUGAGCACCGAGACGUUCCUGCAAGAGGCGGUUUUUCGCUGGGGCGUCCUGUCGGGGCUGCUGUCGUGCUUCAGCGUGAAUCUCGCAUACUACGGUCUGGUCCUUCUGAACGCCACGACCGGCCACUUCUGGCGCACAGUGCACAUGGUCGUCCAGGCGUCGCUCUACGCGAGUGUCUGCUGCUACAUCAGCAACCACGGACAGCAACGUGGCAUUCGGGUCUUUCCUGUGGAGCGAUGCGAAGGCACGUAUGCUCGGACAGGAGCGACGCUCGCGUCUCCCGGACAGCGCGAGACGCUCUCCAUACUGCUCGCGUUUCUGUGCGUCUCCGCCGUCGCGCUUGCCGCCGCCUCUGUGGCGAUGGCGUCACCACUUUCAUCCGCAGUCGGCGUCGUCGUCGAGAGCCUGGCGUCCGCUGCACUUAGCGUCAACUACGGCUACACGGCGGAGGUUUCCCCCACAACUAUACGGAGUUUGGGGCUCACCACCUCGUAUGCGUUCGGCCGCAUGGGGGUCAUCACGGCCUCGGUCAUCGUGGUGCUAUGGGGCGGCCCCAGUGAAGCCGGCAUGCCGCUCGACGUGGCGGUGGCUUUCUUGGCUUUGUUGAGUGGCGUCUUCAUCCAGUGGCCGCCAGAGAUUUUUGCCGAAAAAAGGGAGCAUCAUCAUCAUCGGAGUGAAAGAGAACGCAAGGAAGCUAUACUGACUUCACUGUCGUCCACCAUCAAGUCAGCUAAGCGGUCCAAGCAAACUCGCCAAAAGUCUUCAGUAUCGCCCGGUUCGGCAACGUCGAAGGUCUAUACUUCAGUGAAUAGUCAGGCCAGUGGCCUGUAGGGUUGGCAAGCCUGCAUUAAAAGAACAGAUUUUUAUAUUUC